UCCUUGCUUUCCCUUUCUAGCCAUCUCUUUCAUGAUUUGUUUCGUUUUGCUCCUGUUUUAAUUACCCACCCCAACCUUAAUUAUUAUAAACCUGAUUGCACGUAAAAUAUAUAUAAUAGUCAUACAUGCAUUAUUGCCCGCCCCUGCUGCUACUGUUUCAAACUCAUUUGUAGUAAAGGUAUUUUAUUCAAAGAGCUUCCUCCAUAAGGACUCCCUAUCAUUAGUGAUGGCCAUUUCAACCCGUUAUGCGGGUAUUACCCGACCUGACCCGUGAUGCGGUGGGUAUUACCCGAUCCGGAGUAGCGUGGGGCGGGGCAUGAGUAUCUACUUCCGACCCGCCCUGCCUCGCCCCGCCCCAUUCUAGACUCAUUUUAUCUCAAUUUCUUACAAUUUCUAUACAUAUUUCUCCUAUUUUGACUUUUCUUCAACUAGUUAGAGUCGCUCUUUCAACUUGUUAGACUCAAUUACCCAUUCUAUUAUCACUAUUUUUCAUUCUUAAAGUGUUUUUCCCUUCGUUUUAUCGUAAAAAGUAAAAUUUAUUUUUAUUUUUUUCGAAUAACAUGUAAGAGUGGGUCGACCCGACCCGCCCGUACCCGGGCGGGUUUUACCCGCCGCGCCCGUACCCGCGCGGGUUUUACCCGCCCCGCCCCGUAGUAGCGUUGGGCGGGCAUGGGAAUUAAGGUACCCGCCCCGCUCCGCCCCAUUGCCAUCACUACCUAUCAUGGGCAUACCUCCAAUGUCAUUUGCACAGAAGUGCCUAAUUAUAAGGGUUAAGAUCAAGAAUUCCGAGUCCUCCCUUCUCCUUAGGGGUUUUGUACCUUCUGCUUAUCCUGUACUCCUUACUGUACAUGGUCACUGGGCCGUGCAUGGACCGACAGGGCACGGGCUCGUUUCGGGCCCAUUUGUUUCGUGCCCGUCAGUUUUCGUGUCGUGCCGUGAAAGCCCAUUUGUUAACUUUGCUAGGCCCGGCCCAGAUCCAAGCACGGUUUGAAUCGUGUCGUGCCUAUUCGUGCUCGUGCUCUGCUAGUAUUCGUGUCUAAUAAAAAGGAAAAAAAAAUAAAAGAGAGAAUGAUAAAGAAGGUGAAAAAUUAGAUGGAGAAAGAUAGUAUUAAUCGAGAAUGUUUGAGAAAAGUAACAAAUAAGGGGGAAAAGAAAAUUAGAAGUAUAGCGGGUGUGAUUUGACAUCGUUUAAUUCUUCGUCCAUUUUUACUUAUGGUAGUAAUUACGUAUAUAUCUUUAUGACACUUCUAACAACAACAAAUAAUUAUUUUUUUACUUGUAUUUUAUAACAUUCGAACCUAUCAUUCUUUCUAUAUUUAUUUUCUAUCAAAUAAAUGUUAUUUAAUUUUGUGCCAUGACCGUUCUUAUACUCAAUAAAAUCUCAAAAAUAUUAGUCCCAACACGACACACUUAUAUACUGUGUCGUGCCCGUGCUCGUGCCCAUGAAGUUUAGGCUCGAAACGGCCCAUUAAUUAUUCGUGCUCGUGCUGGAUUGGCUCAAUUAUUUUGUGCACGUGCUCAUACCGUGUUCUAACAGUGCCAUAUCGUACUAGCCCAUGGACGGCACGCCCGGUGCCACGUACACUCCUUACCAUAUGAAGUCGCAUUGUAUUUUCUCGAUGCAAGCAACAACCGAUCAUUUUGACGCACUGUAGAGGGAGCACAUAUAGGUUGGUUGGCUAGCAAGACAAUAAUUGCUCAAAAUUAUCCUCCCUCUAAAAAACAGAUGCUUACCCUUCCAACUCGCAAGCUUUCUUUAUAGUUUGUAAUAGUAGGUUUCCAAAUUGCAGUUGGAGAAACAAACAAAGAUUUGGUCUAGUGGUAAUAUCACUAGUCUUGAACUUGGAGGUCCCAAGUUCGAAUUCUUUAAGUAGCACUUUAACAAACAAAAAAAGUAAACAAAAAUUGCAGUUGAAGAAGGUGGGGCACCAAGAGGCAGCUCGAAAUACAGCAUAGGUAAAAAAAAAUCACACUCGCACCUAAAAUUUCAGCAAGUCUUUUAAUAUUACGAACCUCGCCGACAGAGUGCAUUCGAAUUUCAUGGGGUGGGAUACGGUCACAUCCCCUAAGAGGGAUGUGAGAUUCACAUCCAAGGGCAAUUUGGGUAUGAAAAAAAAACAGAAUUUAUUAUUUAUUUAUUUUUGUAUUAAUUACAGAUUGGGAAUUAAAAACCCAGAUUAAAUACUUUUUUAAUUCAAAUCCUACAAUUAAUACGCUUAUAUCUCUCUCUCUUUCUUUUCCAGCAACCUCUUCACUCCGACCACCAAAGUUUCUCUGGCCGACGAAUUUUUCCGGUGAAAUCCUCCAAUCAGACUCGCUCCGGCCAACUGCAAAAAAACCACUCCGUCAGUGUGCUAGUGGUACUGAUUUUCAUCUAGUGGUACGCUACCAGUAGUUGUGGUACGUACUAGUGGUAGUGGUACGCUACAAAUACCACUCGUACCGCUACCAGUGAGUAGUGGUACGCUACCACUACCACUGGUACCGCUACCAGUGAAUAGUGGUACGAUAUCACUACCACUGGUAGCGUACCACUAGACAGAAAUCAGUACCACUACUCACUGGUACCGCUACAACUGAGUACUGGUACGCUACCACUACCACUGGUAGCGUACCACUAGACAUAAAUCAGUACCACUAGA